CAGUAGCGUGACUUACGGCCGCCCCCUUUGUGCUGCCCGGUACUGGCAGUCUGGCGGGAUGACCCAGUCGGUAGUGGUCCAAGUCGGCCAGUGCGGAAACCAGAUCGGCUGCUGCUUCUGGGACCUGGCGCUGAGGGAGCACGCCUCGGUCAACCAGAAAGGCAUUUAUGAUGAGGCCAUAAGCAGCUUCUUUAGGAAUGUAGAUACCAGAGUAGUUGGUGAUGGUGGCAGUAUAUCCAGGGGAAAAAUACGUUCUUUAAAAGCACGCGCUGUCUUGAUUGACAUGGAAGAGGGGGUCGUGAAUGAAAUUCUCCAGGGACCGUUGAGAGAUGUAUUUGAUAGCAAGCAGCUUAUUACUGAUAUUUCUGGCUCAGGAAAUAAUUGGGCUGUUGGUCACAAAGUGUUUGGUAAUCUUUACCAAGAACAGAUUCUAGAGAAACUCAGAAAGUCAGCCGAGCACUGUGAUUGCUUGCAAUGUUUCUUUAUAAUACACUCCAUGGGAGGAGGAACAGGAUCAGGACUUGGCACAUUUCUUUUAAUGAUGCUGAAAGAUGAAUUCCCAGAAGUAUACAGAUUUGUGACUUCCAUUUAUCCUUCAAGCGAGGAUGAUGUCAUAACCUCACCAUACAAUAGCAUGUUGGCAAUGAAGGAACUGAAUGAGCAUGCAGACUGUGUGUUGCCCAUUGACAAUCAAUCUUUAUUUGACAUCAUUAGCAAAAUUGACCUCAUGGUGAGUUCUGGAAAGCUGGGUACAAUUGUGAAGCCAAAGAGUCUGAUUACUUCAAAUGCUGAGGCUUUAAAAAACAGACAUAAGAAGCCCUUUGAUGCAAUGAACAACAUUGUGGCAAAUUUGCUACUCAACCUAACAAGCUCUGCAAGGUUUGAAGGGUCCCUUAAUAUGGACCUUAAUGAAAUCAGCAUGAAUUUAGUUCCUUUUCCUCAACUUCAUUAUCUUACAUCAAGCCUGACCCCUCUGUAUACACUGGCAGAUGUCAACAUUCCUCCUCGCAGGUUGGAUCAGAUGUUUUCAGAUGCCUUCAGCAAAGAUCACCAGCUAAUUCGAGGAGACCCCAGACACAGUCUAUACCUUGCCUGUGCCCUCAUGGUUAGAGGAAAUGUACAGAUUUCAGAUCUUCGUCGAAAUAUUGAAAGAUUAAAACCUGCCCUGCAGUUUGUCUCCUGGAAUCAAGAAGGCUGGAAGACCAGCCUGUGUUCAGUACCUCCUGUGGGCCACUCGCAUUCAUUAUUAGCUUUAGCAAAUAACACAUGCGUGAAACCUACCUUCAUGGAGCUGAGAGACAGGUUCAUGAGGCUGUACAAGAAAAAGGCUCAUCUCCAUCACUAUCUCCAAGUCGAAGGGAUGGAGGAAAGCUGUUUCUCAGAGGCUGUGUUGUCUUUGUCAGCACUCAUACAGGAGUAUAACCAACUGGACACUACACGGAACAUGCCAGUGCAGGACGUACCACGGCUAAGCGUAGCUGUGUGACAAAGAGCCAAAAACAUACUGCCCUUCCUGUUUCCUAAUUUCACAGUUUCCCUCCCCUUCCUGCUGCUGCAUGCUUGUGAUUCAGAAAGCCCAGUUGGUUUUUAUAUUAGCAGGAAGCACUUUUGUCUUGAAGAGGACUUCCUGUUGGAUCACAGCUUGUUGAUAAUACUUGCAUGUGAAAUGGGUGGAAGCCUACCAUCUUCACCCCAAAUUGUGUCCAGAAUUCAGAGAACAGAUUUCCUGAUCAAUAUGCUAUAUUGAUAACCUUGUAUUUAGAUUUUUAUACACGAAUAAUCUUGUCUUUUAUU